AUGCCUGUUAUCCCUCGAAUGCAAGUAUUUGAAGUCGGGGAUGCGCCCUGGUUCCCUCCCUUCCUCCGAGGCUACUUCCAAGCAGCCCUAACGGCAGCCUGGACAACCCACGUACCCGGCCUGCAACGUUCCGCCCCCUCCACAAUCGUUGCCCGUCUCCUGCAAACCCACCUCCCCUCCCCCGUAAGCAACUACACCUUCAUAGACCUGUGUGCCGGCGGAGGGGGCCCAACCCCAGCCAUCGAGCAAUACCUCAACACGACACCGCCCCAAUCAACCUCCCAAGCUGCCAAAGCCAAAUUUAUCCUCACCGACCUUCACCCGCACACCUUGUUAUGGGAACAAGCCGUGGCCUCUUCGCAACGGAGGAGAGACGAGAGGACGCUAGAUUACGUGCCGCAUCCCGUGGACGCGGCUGAUGUAGACAAGGAGUUUGUCGAGAGAAUGAGGGAGGGGGGCAGGAGGAAGGUGUUUAGGAUAUUCAAUUUGGCGUUUCAUCACUUUGAUGAUCGGUUGGCGAGGGGGAUAUUGAAGGGGUGCGUGGAGGGGGCGCGGGUGGGGGAGGGGUUUGGAAUCUUCGAGCUCCAAGACCGGACCUUAACAGGCUUCUUGGCGUGCUGCACCUUCGGCAUCGCGACGAUGCUCCUGGCCCCAUACUUUGCGCUGAUCCUCUGGGGUGAACCCCUCGCGCUGGUGUUCACGUAUGCGAUGCCUGUGUUGCCUGCGGUGUUGGUGUUUGAUGGCUGGAUGUCGUGUCUACGGACACGCACGCCCGAUGAGGUAGAGGCGCUGCUGAGGACCUGUGGCGCGGAAGGUGGCCAGGAAGAAAUUGCCAGGCGCUGGGAGAUCAGGAACGGGAGUGAGACGUUCAUGUGGCCUGUGGGCAAGGUGAACUGGGUAAUUGGCUUCAAGAAAGGGGAGACGCAAGGAAAUGGUAGGUGA